AGAAUGGAACUAGCAAUCAUUGCUAGUGAACAUCAUUUUCUGAAUUUUGUAGUCAGAUCAUUGUAAAUGAUAAGAGGCUUCAUUGAUGUUAAAUUUAACUAUGUUGGAUAACACACAGUCUUAAACUAAAGCUCUGGUUAUGGGGAAAAAGACUCUUUAAACUUUGGAUUGCCUGUGUCUGAUUGGGGUUGUGGUGAUUGCCCAGUUUAAAGAAAAAGGCUGUGGCUUUCUAUAAUGUCUGCAUACCAGUGUCUCUCUCACUUUCUCUUGUGUAUUAUUUGUAUAUCACAUCUCUCUCUCUUGCUGUUUAAUGCCGCCUUUGAUAAGAGGUUUCUCAAGCAACUGCAGGUUUGAAUCUGAAAAAUUUACAUUCAGCUAUAAAAAUUUCAAGAGCCCAAAGUUAGAUUCCCCUUAAAGGCCCCUAUUCUCUUCAGAACAGAGAUCACAUGGCAUACUAGAUGCACGUUUCUGACAAGCAGUAACACUACUGCUAAAGUGCCUUUACCCAUAGUGGCUUCUCAGAUAUCUUGUAGCCUUUACACUGUCAAAUUCCAUUUAAGUGCAAAUAGUUCUAUCCCUCCUCCCCACAGGUUUACGUCACUGAGCAGAGUGCAUUUAGGUUGCUCAGCAAAUGUCUGUCUCUAUAUCCAUUUCACUUUAAAACAAGUAAAAAAAAUGAACAGGAGUGUUUUCCUUUCUAAGUAAUUCAGCUGUCUCAUUACUUUGUGAUAGUCAAAUAUAUUUGGAUGUUUUUCAAAUAGCUUGAGCCUGAUUUGCCAAACCCGGGUUUUGUGUCUGAGAAGACUGGAUGUGGAGCUUUCUGAGCAGAUAUUGGCCUUAAAUAGCUGACCAUCAGAGUAUUUUCUUCCCCUAACUAAACCAGCAUAAUGACCACCUCCAGUAGGACGAAUUCUGCUACAUCCAGGGUAAACUCCUUGGUCAAAAUAUUUGAUCCGAGUGCUUUACAAAGCCAGGGGCUUGCUAAUGAAGUGGAAACCUCCCAAAUUCCUCUUGCUGCAAGCAAACAUGUCAGCUCCUCUGAAAGUUUUAACACGUUGGAUGUGAAGUUUGCCUCCCUUGGUCAGAAAAUAGAUAAGUUGUUGACUGUGCAGGACAAUGUCCUUCAGACGCUAAACAGUGUUUCCCAGGAAAUGUGUUGCAUUGAAAAAGACAUUGAGAUGUUAAAGGCAAAAGCAGCUGAACCUGGACCCACCACAGAAACAAGUGAAAAGCUAAAUAACUCUGAAAUGAAGGGGCUGUGCAUAGAAAUGACCAAUACCCUUUCUGACAUGAACAAGAGUGCAGAGCAGCAAGCUAAAAGAUUAGAUGGAAUGGAACAAAUAGUGCUGGGGUUACAGGAGCUUAUAGGGUUUGUGGCUGAGAAGUUUAAAAUUUGUAAAAUCACGGAUUUAAUUCUCAAAAACAAAGCUCCUCCUAAGCUUGUCAAGGUUGGCAGUUACUUCAAGAAAUAUAAGGUUGGAAACAAUUCCAGAAUGAAGACUUUCUCAGACAAAAGGGAUACGGGCACGUCCAGCAACAGAAACGAAAAGGCCAUCAGGGAUCAGAAAGAAAAGGAGAAGUCAUGUUUAAGUGCAAAGGGAACAAAGUUUAUAAAAAAGAAGAAACCACCCGAUUCCACAGAGGGAGCCAACCAAGAAAACCAGUCCUGCACUCACAAAGAAACGGUCCAUAUGCUCAAUAAGGAAAAUACUGAAAAGGCAAGUGCUUUUUUGGUUCAAAGAAGUUCUCCCAAAUCUCAAGGGCCAAAGAACAAGGGAGAGGAUUUAGCUUUGAAAAGUCAGAAGGAACACACAAAGAGCUAUGUUCAAACAUCCUUUAGUACAAGAAAGAGCCAAGGAGCAGAGGUUGCUGUUGAUGACAUUAACCAAAGGAUAACAGGGCAAGAUGAAGAGAAGGAAAGUGAAUCCCUGGAAGGUGUGAAGAGGGCUGGUGGACAGCAAGUGCCUGAAGAAGAAAGGCAAGAGGAGGAAGAAGAAGAGGAUGAUGCUGGUCACUGUGAAGAAGAGGAGGAAGAAUCAGCAACUGCAUCCCAAAAUGAACAUGAGGCAGAGGAUGAUGAGGGUCCAGCAGAAAGCCAGGGACAAGAUGCACGGCUUCAAAGGUGUAAAGGCAGUGAAAAAGGCACAGGAAGCAAACCAUCAGGGACGUUCUCCCAGAACCCUGAGCAGACCUGCCAGCUUGAGCAUAGAGGCAGCAGUAAGCGUCGAGUGAAUGAUGAAGGUCUAAUCAAAGCUGACAACAAAAAGAGCAGGGUAGACGCAGAGAGUGCUGGUGACAAAUGUAAACGUAAAGAGGCCAUUAAACCAAAUACUCCACAAGACAAACCAAAGGCAGCUGAUUCCACUGGUACAGAGAGUGAUAAUCAAGCAGAGGCAUCUAUAGAAGAUUUGGUGACUGUAAUUGGUGAUGGUCCUGCUCCUCCAGCGCCGUUUGAUCACCGGAUUGUCUCAGCAAAAAAGGCAGUGGUCAACAGUUAUUAUGAAGUCAACCGGAACGAAGUUCUGGGAGGAGGGCGAUUUGGUCAGGUGCACAAAUGUGAAGAAAAAGCAACAGGUCUCAAGUUAGCAGCAAAAAUUAUAAAAGCCAGAGGUGCUAAAGAAAAGGAAGAAGUAAAGAAUGAAAUCAAUGUCAUGAACCAGUUGAACCACACAAACCUUAUCCAGCUGUAUGAUGCCUUUGAAUCCAAAAAUGACAUUGUUCUGGUCAUGGAAUAUGUGGAUGGAGGAGAAUUAUUUGACCGAAUUAUUGAUGAUAACUACAGUUUGACAGAGAUGGAUACCAUCUUGUUCACAAAACAGAUCUGUCAAGGGAUUCAAUACAUGCAUCAGAUGUACAUUCUUCAUUUAGACCUGAAGCCCGAGAAUAUCCUGUGUGUGAAUCGAGCUGCUUAUCAAAUAAAAAUUAUUGAUUUUGGAUUGGCAAGAAGAUAUAAACCCAGAGAAAAACUUAAAGUGAACUUUGGGACUCCGGAAUUCCUCGCUCCUGAAGUUGUGAACUAUGACUUUGUCUCCUUUCCCACGGACAUGUGGAGUGUAGGAGUCAUUGCCUACAUGCUGCUCAGCGGAUUGUCUCCUUUUCUGGGUGACGAUGACAAUGAGACUCUCAACAAUAUCCUGGCUUGUAGCUGGGAUUUCGAAAAUGAGGAAUUUCAAGAUGUUUCUGAAGAAGCCAAAGACUUCCUCUCAAAGCUUCUAAUCAAGGAAAAAAGCUGGAGAAUGAGUGCAACUUCAGCCUUAAAACAUCCUUGGUUAUCAGACCAUAAACUCCAUUGCGGACUACACAAGCAGAGGAAGGCUAAGUGCCACUCAGAGUCUCAAGCACCCAUGGCUCAAUGACCUUUCCAAGAAAGCUGCCAAAUGGAAGGUUUGUCUCAAGUCCCCUUGUUUCUCUUCAGAAAUAAAUGGUCCAACAUCUAUGGAAGAUAUCAGUGGAAUACCAGAAACAGCCACAGUUAAUAUUGCUGGAAGAUUUACUCACCAGCACCAUCUGCACAACUGUUCGACAAGCAGUGUGUCACUGAAGCACCAAAACUAUAGGCUUGCUCCAUUGAUUAUGACCAUUGCAACAGUGUGAAAGGGCGGAACAGUGAGAAAAAAAUCAUAGUUUAUAUAUGAAACUGCACAUACAGCAAAUUCAGUGAGUGAAAUCCUGGCUCCCUUGAAAUCAAUGGUAAAACUCCCACUGACUGUCCUAGAGCCAGGUUUUCACCCAAUGAAUGUUCGGUGCUGGAAGCUUUUGGUUUCUUAUAUCAUGGUUGUAAGUCUGGUUUAAAAAGGGAUAGAAAUAUGCUUGUAUAGUAAUUUCUUAACAAAAGGCUAUGGGCCAUCUCCCCAGCUGGUGUAAUCGGUGUAGCGCCAUUGACUUCCAUAGGACCAAGCUGAUUUACUUGAGCUGAGGAUCCAGCCUUAAAUGAAGUUGUCCUGUGCUGUUGAGGAAUCUGUAUCAAACAACGCAGUUGAGACAAGACAUUUCUGUCUCUUUCCUUUUUCCUGGAUCACUGUCUUUGCACUUCCAUUGACAAACACUUCAUUACUGGUUCUUAGACUGGCGAGGUCGCCUCCCCUAAGGGGGCCAGGGCGACACAAGUCUGCUCUAAUUUUCUGUCUCUGGUCUUUGGCUGAAGCAUAUUCACUCAGCCACUUCGAAAUUUACUCAACCACUUUCUCAAAUGGCAGAACACCUCCCUCCCCCCGCAUACACCACUGCACCAAUUCCCACAGCAUCUCUUAUGAACUACCACAGGACUGGUGCUUCCUUUGAAGCACUGUGGGAACCAGUGCAAAUGAUUUGGGGACAUAUCUGAGGAUGACUGGUUGUGGGUCAUGGUACGAAGAAAGCUGAUAAGCCAUGCAUCAUAAUAACCACUUCCUUUUAGCAUUUCACCAUGAAUAAUGACUGAGAUACCAAAAUAAAAAUGGUACCACUUUUCAUUCUGUGCGCUAAUUGUUAAGGUUAUUACCAUCCGUUAAGAGACAGUCUGUAAUUGAUGUUUGCUUUUGUUUCCAAUGUGUUUUGUAAAAAAAAAAGAUCGCUGUUCAGAGGGGCUGAAAAAAUCUUAGUCUAUUAUGAUUCACUGUCACUUGCUUUUGAUAUCUCCUUUCCUGAGCUGCCAAAGCCACAUGGUUUCUUAGUAUGCUAAGGCAGUCACACCAAAUAUUGGGGAGGGACACGUUGGACCCUCUUUGUACUGAUCCUCACGUCACGGGAGCAAUGCCAAUUUACAUCAGCUGAGGUUCUGUCCCAUCUGGGCAACAGCCACACAUUGAAAAAUAUUUUUAUUUUUUAUUACAAGAAAGCAAUUAUCUGUCUGAAGAAAAAAUCAAGUUUGAGAUAACCUUGAUUAUUGAUGGCCAGUCCAGUGAAAAACAAAAGAAAAUGUUCAAAUACACUUUUUAAAGCUUCGUAAAUAGUAGCUAACUUAUAGUCUAUUUUACAGGGGGAGAUAGUUUAAAAAAAUGAGUUUUCAAUUUACUCCAGAAGUGGACUCAGUCAUUACUGUGUUUUGUUUUUAGAACACAACCAUUGGGGUUGCCUCAUUUAAUCCAUGAUGAUAUAUUCAUGUGACAAUUGAUUUAAACAUGGUGUGGUAAAUGUCUGAUGUGAUUGUACAAGCAAAUGGAGAUAAUCACAUACUCCCAUCCCAUCUGACAGUAGUGACAAAAUGACAGCAUUGUUGCAUUUCAUGAGAGACUUCCUGAAUUUUUUUUCAUUAAACAAGGAGACCUAGUACUUUUUAUGUUGUAAAUAGCAUUAAAUGAUCUUUCACAAUCUGAGAUGCGGGGGGGAGAGGGACUCUUUGUAAGCAGUCAGAUUCUGCAUUGCUUUCUCUCUCACACACAAAGAAACCACCCUGUGAUUUUCCUAGGGAAUUGAACCAAAUAAUUAUAUUAAAAGUAUAUUGCUGAAUUAACUA